AUGGAUUGCCCUUUUCAUAAUAAAAGUCUUAUAUAAAUGAUAUGUAUAGCUCCUCACAAGUGUCAAUGCCAAAGGAAAUUGUGUAUUAAAUGCCUUUAUGACCAUGGAGUAGAUGUCAAACAAGCUAUUCCUAUUGAUAUAUUUUAAGAAAAGGCUAUAAAAAAAUUACAAGAAUCUAGGCUCACAUAGACAUCUUUGUUAACCAAAGAGAGAAUGGCUUUUAAAUCCAUGCUAUCUCAAACCUAAACUAUUCUAAAGAAAAUUUGGGAUGAUUUAUUCGAAUCAAUCAAAAAAAUAUACGAUUGGAUCGAACAGAAAAACAAGUCUUACAUAGAGCUCAUAAACGAACCCAAUUUAGCAGAAUCUUCGUAUGCUGCUAUAGAUUAAUUAGUCUCCAUUGUAGAAGGAACAACAUUAAAUGAUUGGAAUGAUUGGAACAAUUUUUAUGUGACGGAGUUGGAUAAGAUCAAAAAUUAAUGGGAAUAAGAAAUUAAGGAUAUCGUCUAAAAGUCGAGUGAAGGAAUGAAACCAAUUUCAUUAUUAGUUAAGUAAGAAGUUUGGACUAAUUAUAGGAUAUUACCUUUAUAUUAAGAAUACGAAAUCUAUGAAAGGAAAGAAGAUUUUUAUGAAAUUUUAGACUACGCUCAAGAUAUUGAUGAAUCAAUAUACAAGGUGAUUAUUGAAAUACUUAGAAAAGAGAAAAUUUCAGAUCUCCUCGGAUUUCUUUCAAAGAAUUUCAAUUUAAAGCUUUAUGAAUCAUUUAUCAAUAAGAUAGACAAAAUAAUUUAUAUGAAAAAAAAUAUAGAGAAAAUUACUAAUGUUUUGAGAAAUAUUUAAGAUCAUCCCUUUAGUAAAAUUGACUAUUCUACUGAAACAUACAAAGAAGCGAGAUUAGAGCUAAUAAAAAAGAUAGAAGGCAAAAAGGAGAUCAUUAAUUUUUUACAAUUUUUGGUUCAGCUUACAAAAAUAGAUGAAAAAUGGAUUUAAUGUGGAUCGAAUGGUCUAAAUUUAUUAGUAGGCAUGAAGGUUAAUUUGAGGAAUCAGAGCUUCGAAAAUAUCAGAAUCAAGAAUACCUCAUUAAAAGGGGCUAAUAUGGUCCAAUGUAAUUUGAGUGGAUCAGAAUUUAAUAAUGUAGAAAUUAGUGGAGUGAAUUUAAAUGGUGCUUCACUAUAUAACUGCUAAUGGAGGAAUAUUCAUAUUGAUGAAUUGAUUAAGUUAGAAGGUCAUACUAGUGGUGUCAAUUAAGUAUGUAUCUCUUUUGAUGGAUCUAAAAUAGCCUCAGGCAGUUGGGAUAACUCUAUUCGUUUAUGGGAUGUUAAAACAGGAUAAUAAAUAGCCUAAUUUUAUGAUAAUAGAUACCCAGUUAAAGCAGUCUGCUUCUCGCCUGGUGCUACUAUAUUAGCAUUUGGUUAUGAUGAUAACUCUAUUUUUUUAUGGAAUAUUAAAACAAAAAAAAAAUAAUCUAGAUUUUAUGGCCAUACUAGCUCAGUCUCCGCAUUAUGUUUUUCUACUGAUGGUACUAAUUUAGCAUCUGGUAGUGAAGAUAAGUCUAUAUGUUUAUGGGAUGUUUAGACUGGAGCAUAAAAAGCCAAAUUGGAAGGUCAUACUGAUGUUGUCAAUUCAGUUUGCUUCUCUCCUGAUGGUACUACUUUAGCAUCAGGUAGUGUAGAUAAUUCUAUCCUUAUUUGGGAUGUUGAUACUGGAUCAUAAAAAGCUAAAUUGGAUGGCCAUGUUAAUGAUGUCAACUCAGUAUGCUUCUCUCCUGAUGGUACUAUUUUAGUAUCUGGUAGUGCAGAUAACUCCAUCUGUUUUUGGGAUGUUAAGACUGGAUUGUAAAAAGCCAAAUUGAAUGGUCAUACUAGUUUUGUCCAAUCAGUCUGCUUCUGUCCUGAUGGGACUACAUUAGCAUCUGGUGGUGCAGAUAAUUCUAUCCGUUUGUGGGAUGUUAAGAGUGGAUCAUAAAAAGCAAAAUUGGAUGGUCAUACUUAUUGGGUAAACUCAGUAUGCUUCUCUCCUGAUGGUACUACUUUAGUAUCUGGUAGCGCAGAUAACUCCAUCUGUUUAUGGGAUGUGAAGACUGGAUCAAAAAACCCCAAUUUGGAUGGUCAUAAUCAUUGGGUCAACUCAGUCUGCUUUUGCCCUGAUGGGACUACAUUAGCGUCUGGAAGUUCAGAUAACUCUAUCAGUUUAUGGGAUGUUAAGAGUGGAUCAUAAAAAGUUAAUUUAGAUGGACAUAGUGGAUGGAUUUCUUCACUUUGUUUCUCUCAUGAUGGCUAUAUAUUAGCAUCUGGUAGUAGAGAUUAGUCUAUCCGCUUAUGGGAUGUUAAAACAGGAUAAUAGAUAGGCUAAUUAGUUCAACCAGUAUGCUUUUAUAGUGGUAUUAAAUAGUUCUCUAGAAAAAAAAAUAAUAAGUCUAUAAAUCUUUUGGGUACUUUAGAUGGAAUAUAAAAAAAUAAUUUAGAUGUUGAUGUUUGUUCGGCACUUUCAAUUCUUAGUAGAAAUGUAUAAUUAUAAGGUAGUAUUGAUUAGUCUAUCUGUUCAUAAAAUCCUUAAAAAGAAUAGGAAAAAACCAAAUUGGAUUGUCAUAUCAAUUCAGUCCUGUCAGUAUGCUUUUCUCCUGAUGAUAAUACAUUAGCAUCUGGUUGUAAUGAUAAAACUUCUACUAUAUAUAUUCAAUCAAUAAUAUACAGCAAUUGAUUUUGAUGUGUUAAUUGUUCAAAAACUUACACUUUUUCUCUAAAUUCUUUUUGUUUCAGUAAUAACUUAGUCGGUC